AAGGUCACGUGAUAGUGAAGGAAGAAUGGCUGCUCAGAUGCACAACAUUAACGUGACAGGUAAACAGGAUUGUAUACUAGAGCCACUUUGUUUUCCUGAGAACUUCAGCGAUGGGGUUUGUCUCGCCUCCUCCAGCGAUGGAUGUCCAAUGACCUGCGCUCUGUGUCCUGACUUGUUUCCUGCUUCUGAAAAAGACCAACUUCUCAAGCACAUGGUGUUGGAGCAUAAACUGGUUAUCGCUGAUGUCAAACUCAUUGCAGACUUUUCACAGUACAUGCUGUACUGGAAGAAACGGUUUACAGAACAGCCCAUCACAGACUAUUGCAGUGUUAUCAAGACCAAUUCUGAAGGUCCUGUUGAUCAACAAGAGCAUUACUUUCUGUUAUGUGACGCUCUGCCAGAGGACAGAAUCCUGAGGGAGCAGCUUCAACAGAGACGACUGGAGGAAGUUCUGGAACAGCAGCAGAAAGAGCGAGAUGAUGAAACAUUUCAUCGCAUAUGUAUGUUUUGCAGCGAGGAGUUUACUGGAAACAGGUCUUCAUUGCUGAAUCACAUGGCUAAAGAACAUUCUUUCAGUAUCGGCCUGCCAGACAACAUCGUCUACUGUGAUGAAUUUCUCAACACACUCGAAAGCAAACUAGACAACAUGCAGUGUCUGUACUGUGAGAAAACAUUCAGAGACAAAACCACACUGAAAGAUCACAUGAGGAAAAAGCAGCAUCGCCGAAUAAAUGCCAGAAACCACGACUACGAUCGAUUCUACGUCAUCAACUACCUGGAGUUGGGAAAGACAUGGGAGGAAGUGCAGUCUGAAGACGACCGAGAGAUGCUUGAAGAUGAAGAUGAUGAUUGGUCUGAUUGGCAGGCUCAUCCGGUGUGCGCCGUGUGUUUGUUUUGUGAUCAGCAAGCAGAGACCAUGGACAAAAUUUACACACACAUGCAGGAAACUCAUGAAUUUGAUCUGCACAAACUCAAAAUGGAUUUAAGUCUGAAGUUUUACCAGCAGGUCAAACUAGUGAAUUACAUCCGUCGUGAGCUUCACCAGUGCCGCUGCUACUGCUGUCAGGAGAAGUUUGAAAGCAAAGAGGAACUAGUUCAACAUCUGGUUACCGCUGGUCAUGUAAUGCAGUUACCUGACGUCUCACACUGGGAUCAACCGCAAUACUACUUUCCUACAUAUGAGAACGAUGCUCUUCUUACAGCUCUGUCGGACGGCGAGAGCGAAUCAGAGGGUACAAAUCACAGCUCUGAAGUUCCUGUUAUAGCUGAAGAUAUCUCAAACCUCAAGGUGUUAAGACAGACCAGUGUGCUUAAUAAACUUCUCAAAGACAGAGGAGCCACCAACUGAAGCUCAGAGACUUGCAGAGGUUCACUGACGUUAGAAUUGCUUUCAGUGUAAAAACAUGAAUAUGUUAAGAUUAAUGAUGUGAUUUUCACUCUGUUGAACUGGUGCCAGUGCUCACAUUAUGAAAAUCAUCUCAAAUAAACCUUGUAUUUCAAGAGUUCA